CUCGGAGACCUUCUCAUCUUCUCAGUAUCAGUACAAUUACAUGAUACCAUCUCAACUCCCAAAUCAAUCACUUCACCCAACUCCACCGGUUCAACCUGCUUACAACUUCAACCAAAGUAAUGGGAUGUAUCCUUAUUGUGUGGACCAAUAUGGAUCUAAAAUAUCAUUCCAAGGUCUCUUGAAUUCUCCGAUAUUAAAUACUCCAGUGGCCAAUGCUCAAUUUGAGAGUUCAACAAAAAGAUCAAGAAAGAAAAGUGAUGACAUCCCAAUAAUGCCUCAAGCUGCGAGUUCUAGAAAAGAAUGGACUAAAGAGGAAGAUGUAGCAUUGACGAACGCGUGGUUACACGUAUCAAUGGAUUCAGACAUCGGAAACAAUCAGAAAAGUACUUCUAUGUGGGUGAGAAUAGUAGAAGUCUUUAAAGAAAAUAUGGGAGCUAGAUGCAAUCCUCUUAGAAUUGCAUUGGGGGAAAAUACAAGCAGCGGUGAAUAAGUUCGUUGGACAUUAUGAGCGACUAGAUAGGCAUCCACAGAGUGGCACAAACUUGGAUGAUUUGAUAAAAAAGGCAAUAGGAUCGUAUGAAGACAUUCAAGGAAGCCCAUUCAAAUAUCUCCACUGUUGGGAAAUAAUGACUAAAAAUCCAAAAUGGUACUCCGAACAUGUGAAGCCAACAUCAACAAAUAAAAAAACUGUUCACACCUCCAGCUCACCUGUAAGAGAGGAUCAUGCAACGAGUAUUGAUGAAGAAACUAUGGCCUUUGGAGGUACUAACUCAGAUGGGGUCAUUCGUCCCCAAGGAAGAAAGGCUUGUAAGGAAAGAAAAAGAAAGGUACAUGAGGAAAAAGGUGUGGUGGAUGUGUUGAACAAGCUACAAAGCACUUUAGAGAAACAAGUUAACGUGAAUAUUACAGCUUUGGAGAUGAGAAAAGAGAAUGAUCAAAAAGAAUUUCAAAGAUAUACAUGAACCCAACGCAACUCGUAUUUCAGCAUUCCCAUAAUGUAUUCAAAAUUUAAGCCAAUCUCCGUAACACGGUUGAUUUAGUAAACCUGAAGAGUAUGCACUUGAGUGAAAGACGUAUAUCUUUGUUUCUAUUAAUAAUUUGGACUUGAGUCCUGAAGAAGAAUUGUGUAUAUUUACGAUAGGAACCCAACGCAACUUGUAUUUCAGCAUGCCCAUAAUGUAUUCAAAAUU